GCUCAACAAACACACACAACCUAUCGAAAAUGCGCACUACACACCAGCCGACUAUUUGGCUUAUCUAUGAAUAGGUAGUACGUCGAAUACAUUAUGCCGACCUGUUUGACCGUUAGGCCUUCUGUCAUCAUCCGUCGAGGCUUUCAGACUACUCAACGGCUUGGAGGGCGAAAUUCUAAGACAUGGACCUACGGGCCGGGAUCCCGCCAAUUUACAGUUUCAAGAUGUCUUCGUGAGGAAGAAAAGUCUGAUUCCAAAAAGGGGGGCGAGUCUUUUGCAUCGGAAGCGGGGAAAGCAUGGAGGAAUACCAAAAUCGAAUGGCAUCCAAUUCCUAUCGGUCUUGGGGUGCUAUUCCUUGGGCUAUUUCAAUUUUAUCGUGCACAGAGAGAUGCUGAGCGUCUUAGGAACAAUGAGAAUGGCGAUGGUGACAGCCCCCCUCAACGAAAGAGGAUACGACCGUCCGGCCCAUGGCAGGUGCAAGUGAUGUCGACAUUACCGCUCAAAGCUCUGUCACGUUUAUGGGGACGUUUCAAUGAAUUGGAUCUACCCCGCCCUCUCCGAAUUCCUGGAUUUCGGUUGUACUCUUGGAUAUUUGGUGUUAAUCUAGAUGAGGUUGCUGAGCCAGAUCUUCGCACAUAUCCGAACCUUGCAUCUUUCUUCUACCGCGCAUUAAAACCUGGCGCUCGACCAAUCGACCAGGACCCGAAUGCUAUUGUGUCACCAUCUGACGGAAAGAUUCUUUCGUUUGGAAUGAUUGAGCGCGGAGAAGUUGAGCAAGUUAAAGGCAUGACAUACAGCUUGGAGGCCCUGUUGGGAGGCGCAAGCCCGUCCCGAGAGGCUAUUGAAGGACAUGGAAUGGAGCCUGCAAACGACGGGAAGGAUGGUAAAAAUCUGGCGAUGGAUGAAGAAUUCGCCAGAGUCAAUGGGAUAUCCUAUACUUUACCUCAUCUCCUUUCUGGAUCCAAGGACCAACCCAACAAAAAGGCAGCCAUGGAUGCAUCAACUACUUCUCAACAAACGUCAGAAGCAAAGGUCAAGGCAGACCUAGCUCUAGGAGACGGCCGCCCAUGGUAUGCACCCAAAGCAUCACACAAUGCUCUCUACUACUGCGUGAUAUACUUAGCCCCAGGUGACUAUCAUCGCUUUCACUCUCCUAUCUCCUGGGUUGUUGAAAGCCGUCGUCAUUUCGCCGGAGAACUUUAUUCUGUAUCGCCAUACUUACAGCGAACCCUCCCCGGGCUCUUUGUGCUUAACGAGCGAGUUGUACUGCUCGGUCGAUGGCGUUGGGGCUUCUUCAGUUAUAUUCCUGUCGGCGCAACUAAUGUCGGCUCCGUCAAGCUCAACUUUGAUGCCGAACUGCGCACCAAUAGCCUGACAACAGAUACUCAAGCCGACAAAGCUGCUGCCGAAGCUGCAAGGAAGGGUGAGCCUUACCCUGGGUUCGCCGAAGCCACAUACUACAAGGCUAGUCCAGCUUUACGCGGCCAUCCGCUCCAGCGAGGUGAAGAAAUGGGCGGCUUCCAGCUUGGUAGCACGAUUGUGUUAGUCUUUGAAGCGCCCAUGGGGUCGCGCAAGAGCUUUGACGAGGGCUGGGGCAGCGGCCGAGAAGGUGGUUGGCAAUGGAACAUUGAGAAUGGGCAGAAAAUCAAGGUUGGUCAGAAGCUUGGAUAUGUAGAAUUAUAAACGUUCUUAGCAUCUUUCGGGCGGCUGGUGGUUUGAGACAGGCAUUGCGUGUGUGGUGCAAAUCAUUUUAUUCUUGUACACUAUUAAAUAAGACCUUAACUACCUCAAGUCAUCUCAUUAUAAUAAA